AUGGCGCGCAAAGGCCGUCCUGCUAAACGCGCUGCAGCACUGAGCGAUGAGGAGGCGUCCGACAUCGAGCCCCAGCGCGCCGCCUCAUGGCGCCAAUCCGUAUCUGCCGACGAUGAAGAGCUCCUGGGCGACUCCGACCUGACCCGCAAUGGCGCCGAGGCCGUCGUCGAGGUCGAGGAUGAUGAAGAAGAUGAGGAUGGGGACGAGGACCAGGAGGGUGAACUUGAUGAGGAUGAAUUCAUCGUUGAAGCCAUCAAGAAACACAUGGUCGACGAGGAUGGAUCCUUGAAGUUUCUCGUCAAGUGGGAAGGUUGGGAGAAGAAGUCGGACAUGACGUGGGAGCCUGAAGACAACCUCCUGGAAUCGGCGUCAGAGGUCUUGACAGAGUACUACAAACAGAUUGGCGGCCGCGACAAGAUCUUUGAGGAGUCGGAAAAGGCGGCCCGGGGCAAGAAGCGUGGCAGGGCAUCUAGCGGAGGCGCCGCUAUGACGACGACGAAGCGAUCGCGCAAGAAUGGCCUUCACCCGGCAGAGUCGAGCCCGCCCGCGACUUCCAAGAAAUGGAGCCCCCCCGCGGGAUCGUGGGAGGAUGAGAUUGAGUCGAUUGAUGCCUGCGAGGACGAGGGCAGUGGCAGGCUGGUUGUCUACCUGAUCUGGAAGAACGGCCGCAAGACCAAGCACGACACGUCUGUCAUCUACAAGAAGUGCCCGCAAAAGAUGCUGCAAUUUUACGAGCGGCACGUCAAGAUUAUCCGCGACGAGAACAAGGCUGCGGCGGAAUAA